AUGGCCUCCCAAUCGCAAUCUUCAGCUCAGGAUCAAGAAGUAAAGGAGCUAUGCGUCAUGUGCAACAACAGCCCAGCUCGGCGCUGUGGACGUUGUCGCAGCGUCUUCUACUGCUCCAAAGAUUGUCAAAAGCAUGACUUCUCUACUCACAAAUUCCUCUGCAAAGAGUAUUCGGAACAGUAUCCACGACCUUCGCCAGAUCACAAGCGUGCAAUACUCUUUCCAGCCGACAAAAACAAGCCGCGCAUGAUUUGGAUGCAGUUUAAGUCUGGGUAUGAUAGUGGUUAUUACUUCAGAACACCGGACUAUAGUUGGAUUGGAAACGCUAUGCCAGGGUUCAGAUACGUCGAAGUCAACAAAGUACGGGGCAGAAGGCUUGGCCGUGGGUUCUCACCAGGCUCCCGCGAGAAGCAAGAUGGCUACUGCAUCAAAUUUAUGUUCCGUGAUAACUACCUCGUUGACGGCUCAUUUACUAACCGUAGUAUUGAGGCGUGUGUUAGGCCAUGGGGACCACUUAGACGUGUACCUCAUGGCCCAGUGGUCGUAAGCAGAACAGUGCCAGAUGCAUUGGAUAGAACAUUGUUUGGCGAGGACGUUGACGAUGUUACACUGGCCGAUUUUCGACAUGCCAUCAACCAUUUGUGGAGCUACUACGGCACAGCACGCGAAAAGUUUUCUGAAUCAUCGCCUCUUCCUCCUUUUCCCUUUGCUCGUGCUCCACCGCCUGCUCCGGCACCUGCUGACGAGGACACCGAGAUUACGCCCUCACAGGGCUGA